AUAUUGUGCCGAAAACUAAAAAGUCUGCCCGUAGUCAUUUGUGAACGCGUUUGACUAUAGUGCGCACGAGUGCGGUUUUUGUCGCUAUACAUCCGUUCGCGGUUUCGUUUAUCUGUAUUAUUAUUAUUACCAAUAUUGUUUCAUGUGCAGUUGAAAAAUCGCAUGUCGCCUAUUUCAACAACAUAAUAUCACCAGUGCACUACGGAUACACGGACACGCAUAAUAAUAAUAUUAUAUAUGUCAAUAAGUGUUCGCGCCUGCAGGAGAAUGAAUGCUGUAUGAUAUAACAUCACCGUCGAUCACACACACAUGGACACGAAAGUCGCUCAAGAGUUUGCCUUCGAUAAGUCGCGAUCGUUUAGAUAGUGCAGCAGUCUCCRAUUAAGGCACCAAACAAAAUAGCAGCAAAUCUUAUAAUAUACUAUUAGUGCGACUCGAACCGGAAGAGCGGCCGAGGCAGUAUAUAAUAUACAUCGCGACAUCCACGAGACAUUUAAAUUCUAUGCCCGGCACGAGUGAUCUCCAAUCUGAAGAAGAAAUGUUAGACGAACUUCAACUUCGUGGACGAUCUUUCGACGUUUCAACUGAUCAUUCAAGAUCACCUAGCACAGAAGAUGGUUCGUUUUAUCACCCAGGCAACAAUAAUCUAUCCGAAGACGACGACGAAAAUAUUAAAAGCGAAACGGAGAGUUCCGAUGAGAAAUCACGAAGGCCCGUGACAGGCAAGCGAAAACGACGGGCGAGCAUUGACGAGGAUGAUGGUGACGAGCCGAUUGCGUCAAAAACGAGAAAAUGUCGCAGGAGUAUCAGGCAAAGGCAAUCAGUGGAGGUGUUGACGGCCAAAGACCGAAACUUGCGAAGGCUGGAGAGCAACGAACGCGAACGAUUACGAAUGCACUCGUUGAACGAUGCUUUCGAGAAAUUACGUGAAGUGGUGCCUCAUGUAAAAAUGGGCCGAAAACUUUCAAAGUUGGAGACAUUGACAUUGGCAAAAAACUACAUAAUGGCAUUGACUAACGUCAUAUGCGAAAUGAGAGGAGAGCAAAAACCUUUUACUUUUGACGAUCCCGAUCAAGCCGAAAAUGAUUAUGCAUCAAGCAACGAUGGUGGAUUCGAAUCGGGUAAUAGUACAAAAGCUCCAUCGAAUUUGGAACAAGAGUUACUAUCGGACUAGUAAAACCGUGCACCGAAAAUCGCGUUUCCUAUAUUAUAUUACCUAUCUAUAUGUAAACCAAACCUGUUCUUUAGUGUAUAAGMCAAACUUUUUUUUAUGAAGUAUUAACGAUGAAAGGUAUUUUUAUCUUGAUAUUUGUCARAGAUUAUUGUUAAUUGUUUUAUGAUAAUCAYUUAUGAUUACUGUGUAUUUGUAUUUCAAUUUAAGUAGGUACUAG